CUGCCAGCAUUCUCAAUGGAUGGAGAUUUUAUUAUUGGGGGAUCGUUCUCCCUUCAUGCCUACAUGGAUACAUUUUAUAACAACUACUCUAGCAUACCAAAGCCUGUGAAAUGCAAAGGGAGCAUUGACACCCGUGGGCUGCACUUCUCACGUGCAAUGAUCUUUGCCAUAGAAGAGAUUAAUAACAACACAGACCUGCUACCUGGAAUCAAGCUUGGAUACCAGAUCUAUGAUUCAUGUGCAUUAGUGCCUGUUGCAGUGCAUGUGGCAUUUCAGUUUCUAAAUAGCUUCGACCCUGUGUUUUCCACUGGUAACAAUUGUUCUCAGUCUGGUAUGGUGAUGGCUGUUGUCGGGGACUCUGGGUCUACACCAUCCAUCAGCAUUUCACGUCUCAUAAGUCCCUUUAACAUUCCUCAAGUUAGCCACUUUGCCACAUGUGCUUGCUUGUCUGACAAGCAGCAGUACCCAAAUUUCUUCAGAACAAUUCCCAGUGACCAGUUUCAAGCUGAAUCACUAGCCAAGCUGGUAAAACACUUUGGCUGGACUUGGAUAGGUGCUGUUCGGUCAGAUUCGGAUUAUGGAAAUAAUGGCAUGGCUUCUUUUCUCCAAGCAGCACAGAAAGAGGGGAUCUGUGUGGAAUACUCUGUAUCUUUCUAUCGGACAGACCCACAGAGCAGAAUUCAGAAAGUAGCAGAUGUUAUCCGCAGGUCUAAAGCUUUAGUUGUUGUGGCAUUUGCAUCUUUUGGAGACAUGAAGAUCCUGUUGGAGGAGCUUUCACGUGAGCCUUUCCCAACUCGCCAGUGGAUAGGCAGUGAAUCAUGGGUAACCAACACAGAAUUAACGAGGUUCAGUUUCUGUGCUGGGGCCAUUGGAUUUGGUAUUCCGAAGUCUGCAAUCCCAGGUCUCAGAGAAUUCCUGCUGAAUCUCUCUUUCUCUGAAGUGGCUGCUUCGUCAGUGCUCACUGAGUUUUGGGAGGAUGCAUUCAACUGUAGACUGAAAAAAAGUGCUGCUACUGUAGACGAGAAAGUUUGUGAUGGAAAUGAAGACAUACAGAAUCUCCAAAGCCAAUACACUGACACGUCUCAGCUCAGAAUUACUAACAUGGUGUACAAGGCUGUGUAUGCAAUAGCACAUGCCAUUCAUAAUGCAGUGUGUCAUGGAAAAAAUGUCACAACUCAGUGUGACAAACUAACCAAGUUAGAGCCCAAACAGGUUUUAACUGAACUGAAGAAAGUAAAUUUUUCCCAAAAUGGUUAUGAUGUGUCUUUUAAUGCUAAUGGGGAUCCUGUGGCUAUCUAUGAGCUGGUAAACUGGCAAAACCACGAGAGUGGCAACACUGAGAUAGUAACUGUAGGACUGUAUGAUGCGUCACUACCAGUGGGCAAGGAGUUUAGAAUUAACAGAAACAUAAACUGGAUGGAAGAUAGCACAAAAGUGCCAGUGUCAGUGUGCACUGACAGUUGUCCUCCAGGAACUCGUAAAGUACUGCAGAAAGGAAAACCCAUCUGCUGCUAUGAUUGUAUACUGUGUCCUGAGGGAGAGAUUAAUAAUAUUACAGAUUCAGCUGACUGUUUACCCUGCCACAAAGAGUUCUGGCCUAACUCAAAGAGAGACACCUGUAUCCCUAAACCCAUAGAGUUUCUUUCAUUUCAAGACAUCCUUGGAAUCAUCCUGGCCACAUUCUCAGUUCUGGGUGCCUUACUGGCCAUUAUCACCGCAGGUGUAUUCUUUUAUCACAGGACAUCUCCAAUUGUCCGA